GGACUCGACAAGAAGUGGAAAUUAUAUCUUCCAUCGUCAAAAAACAUUUAGAGACCAUCUGAAAGGUAUAUCAUUACUAUCAUUUUCGUAGUAUUUAUCAUUCACAAGAAGAUGAGGUAGAUGAGUAAGCGUGAGCAAGACGCAUUUUCUGCAGGGCGCAAGCGACUAACGGCGUCAGCGUAAUCUGACCGACACCAAGAUGCGGCGACGUCUUUCGCUGUGGCCAUGCCUGUUUCUCGCAUCAACGUGUCAGGCCUUGAAGAUCCGAUUCGGUGGCAAGGAGUAUACCAUUCCACUGUUAUGACGGGGCUUCAUCUAUCAAGAUUCUAGUCGGUGUAACUACAACAGACCAGCUUGCACUUGCGUUUCGUCUUUGUUGUCUGCUCCUCUAAUUUUCAAAGCCAAUUUGAAGAUCUCCUCGAUUAUCGAGCAAGCGGUGGAGAAAAUACGUGACGCUGACUCGGCUGAUUUGGUGCAAGCCUUGCCCAUCGGACUGCCGGAUCUCAGGCUUGUGCGGGAUGGAAGGACGAUUUUGAGGUAUCUGAUGUAAGAGAUUUAAUAUUUCUCUAUAAGUGUGGGAAGAUGAUCUCUUCUAUUUCCGAUUGGCUAGUACCAUAAAAGUUCAUCCAAGAACUACUACUUGUACUUCCUUACUUUCAGGGGCAACUGGUGUGACCCGGCAUUGCUCGGUGAUAGAUGUUGCAACGCGGCAGGGAAAAUCGCAAAAGCUGGGGAUGUCGGGGUGCUUUGCGACGAAGCGUCGCGCACCGCAAAUUUCUACCAGUUGAAGGACAGCGAAGAACUGGAAUUGUUGUAUAUGAUGUAGAGGACGGAUCGCCCAUCUGAUGUGUAGCAUUUCUUCGUCCUCGUGCUUUUCAGUGGAUGUUUCUUGUUUUUUCCCAUACGAUGAGAAUCAAUAAUGUGAAGCAAUAAAAAAAUGCGAGUGUGCCACUGAAUAGAAUGCAAACCAAAACUGAUAUCGGAAAGACGUGCUGCUGCGUUACUUGUGACGAAUCUUUCUUGUCUUGGAUGAAGUGAGUCCUUUGGUGGUCAUGAAAAAUUCUGGUCUUGGAUGGUGAUCAUGGAUGAAGUGAGCCCUUUGGUGGUGCGGUUGAUGGUGCGGUGACCUGUGGAUGUGGCCACCGGUAUGAG